GACUAAACAAAAACAAUUGAAGGGCAUAAAUAGAAUUUCCGGCUAUCGACUUAUUCAACAAGUCAGCUCAGCCCUCUCUCUGUUUAAAAAAGUGAACUCCUCCGGUUUUCCCCAUUAGCGUUCUUCUUAGUUCUUCCAACAAUCUGCAAACAGUAAAAACUGUCGAAAAUCAGUGAUUGAGAUUACUGCAAUUCUGAAAAAUGGAAUUCGACUCUCCUCAUUCCAUGGGAACAACUAUUGUAGGUGUUUCUUACAAUGGUGGUGUUGUUCUUGGUGCAGAUUCCAGAACUAGCACCGGGGUUUAUGUUGCCAAUCGGGCAUCAGACAAAAUCACUCAACUCACAGACAAUGUUUAUGUUUGCCGUUCUGGAUCAGCUGCUGACUCUCAGAUAGUAUCAGAUUAUGUACGUCAUUUUCUUCAUCAGCACACGAUACAAUUGGGGCAGCCCGCUACCGUCAAAGUUGCUGCCAAUCUUGUUAGACUCCUAGCGUAUAAUAACAAGGACAUGCUCCAAACAGGCAUGAUUGUUGGAGGAUGGGAUAAGUAUGAAGGAGGUAAAAUAUAUGGAAUUCCACUUGGUGGAACAAUCAUAGAACAACCUUUUUCCAUUGGAGGUUCUGGCUCAUCAUACCUAUAUGGUUUCUUUGAUCAAGCAUGGAAAGAAGGAAUGUCCAAGGAUGAAGCUGAGGAGUUAGUGAAAAAAGCAGUCUCCCUUGCUAUUGCUCGAGAUGGUGCCAGUGGUGGUGUUAUCCGGACUGUCAUUAUCAAUGAAGAUGGAGUGACUCGAAACUUCUACCCCGGUGACCAACUCCCAUUGUGGCACGAGGAAAUGGAGCCACAUAAUUCUUUGUUGGAUAUUUGGGGAGCUGCUGCUGCGAGCCCUGUUCCAAUGGCGGAGUAGACUGUAACCUCAAACAUGUGUAUCACUUAGUUAUGAACAAUAUCGCUUUCUUUUUCACACUUUUGUAUUUCGACUUAGCAUCUUUGAUUGAAUUCAUCCGUGGAGUGUAUGGUGCUGUGCUCAUAAUCUAGUGCCCCUGGAUUAUGUUUCUUAUUUAUGCAUUUCCUCCUCUUCCUCCU